UUUUCUUGGAGUUGAAUAUAAGGCCGUAUAAUUUUUUUGGCCUUCGAUUAUUUGUUUGUUCUUGUUUGUGGUGUUAUACAUAUUUCAUAUUUUGGAAAAAAAAAAAGAAAAAAAAAUUUACCAUGGCGGUGUAUUAUAAAUUUAAGAGUGCAAAAGACUAUGAUUCUAUUCCUAUGGACGGCCCGUUCAUCGCAGUUGGUAUUUUGAAAGAAAAAAUAUAUGAAUCCAAGCACUUAGGGCGGGGUACUGAUUACGACCUCGUCGUCACCAAUGCCCAGACCAAUGAAGAGUAUCUUGAUGAAGGGAUGUUGAUUCCAAAAAAUACGUCAGUUUUGAUACGCCGCGUACCUGGAAGGCCUCCGAUGCCCAUUGUUACUGAUUCAGAGCAAAAGGUAGAAGAUAAGGUGGAGGACACUGAACCAGAAAGGACUAGCUUUCUGGCAGCUGAAUCAUCUGCCACGAAAUAUCCUGGUGAUCCAGAUUGGGAUGAUUAUGGGGAUGAUUUGUAUGAAAUUCCUGAAGUGCUGGCUGUGCAGACAAGCUAUCAGGCUCCGGAUGCGCUGCCAACUGAUAAAGCUGAUGAAGAUAGCAAGAUUAAGGCUUUGAUCGACACUUCAGCCUUGGAAUGGCAACACCAAGGUCCCGACGGCUUUGGUCCUGGUAGAGGUUUUGGCAGGGGUGGAAGAAUGAUGAAUGGACGUGGUAUUGGUCGUGGAGGAGGCGGUUUUGAGAGGAAAACACCUCCACACGGAUAUAUUUGUCAUAGGUGUAAGGUGCCUGGGCAUUAUAUUCAGCACUGCCCUACGAAUGGUGAUCCAAAUUUCGACAUUAAAAGAGUUAAGCCACCCACUGGAAUUCCUAAGUCCAUGCUGAUGGCAAACCCAGAUGGCUCAUAUAAAUUGCCAAGUGGUGAUAAAGCUGUAUUGAGGCCAAACGAGGCUGCUUUUGAGAAAGAGAUUGAAGGUUUACCAUCUACACGUUCUGUUGGUGAUCUACCGCCUGAGCUACACUGCCCAUUGUGCAAAGAAGUGAUGAAAGAUGCUGUGCUAACGAGCAAGUGUUGCUUUAAAAGCUUUUGUGAUAAGUGUAUCCGGAACUACAUUAUGUCCAGGUCAGUGUGUGUCUGUGGGGCUACAAAUACGCUGGCAGACGAUCUACUGCCAAAUAAGACACUCAGAGAUACAAUCAAUCGCAUCUUGGAAUCUGGUGGUAACAGUAGUGCUGACAAUGCUGGGAGUACAUUCCAUGUUCAAGAUAUGGAGUCUGCUCCCUGUCCACAACCCAAGAUUCCUUCCCCCACUGUAUCUGCUGCAUCAAAAGGAGAAGAAAAACAUUUACCUUUGAAUGAAGAACCUCCAAAGAUCCAGGAAACUGAAGAUGAGAUAAAGCCUGUUCUUCCCCAGCAGCAGAUUUUAGACAGAGUGAGAACUACGAAAGUAGUUGAUGUGUCUGAAGCCACACAUGAGUCAAUGAGUGUGAAGGAACCGGCAUCACAAGGGAGUGCUCCACUGGUUGAGGAAGAAGUGCAGCAAAGGAUGGCUUCUGGGGAGGCAGGAAAGAAAAGGAAAAAGAAGAAAAUUCGAGUGCCAGCGAAUGACAUGCAAUGGAGAAACCCUCAAGAUCUUGCAGCUGAAAACUAUAUGAUGCCUAUGGGCCCUGCUGCUUAUAAUCCAUACUGGAAUGGCAUGCAACCUAGCAUGGGCAUGGAAGGAUAUAUGACACCAUAUGGUGGUCCGAUGCCGUAUAUGGGUUAUGGUCCGAUGGACAUGCCAUUUGGGGGUCUUGGUCCACAGGACCCAUUUGGUUCUCAAGGCUAUAUGAUGCCCAUGGUUCCGCCUCAGAGGGAUCUUGCGGACUUUGGUAUGGGCAUGAAUGGGAUGAAUGGCAUGAAUGGGAUGAAUGGGAUGAAUGGCAUGAAUGGGAUGAAUGGCAUGCAUGGGAUGAAUGGCAUGCAUGGACCCCCCAUCAUGAGCAGAGAAGAAUUUGAGGCUCGGAAAGCUGAUUUGAGAAGGAAGCGUGAAAAUGAAAGACGGGGUCAAAGGGAGUUGUCCAAAGAUGGGGAGUAUGGAAGGGAAGUGAGCAGUGGCGGCGGCGGCGGCAGCGAUGUUCCUCCAAUGAAACCAAAAUCUAAGUCAAUGGCCCGAUCACCAAGCCCAGAUUAUACUACUCAUCACCGCAGUCACAGACGCGAGAGGCCGUCUCCAGAACGAAGACCCUCGCGUGACCCGCGUGACCUGGAGCCACAGCCGCCUCCGCGUCCUCCAAAGAGAAACUCCGAGCAGCAGCAGCACCACCACCACCACGACAGAGAACGCGAGCGCGACCGAGAUCGAGAACGCGAGAGGGACCACGACCACGAGGAUGGUCAUCCACGCCAUAAACGCCACCGUUCUGAGUCGUCGUUGGGAAAGCCUUCCGGUCUAACGACAACAUCGGCGAAAUCUACCUCCUCUAUAGCAUUAGCUGCGGCAGAAGCGGCGGCGGAGCGGAAGCACAAGGCAAGCGUCUUCUCUCGCAUAAGCUUUCCUGAGGGAGAAGUGAGCAAGAAGCGGAAGGCCUCUUCUUCCUCCACUGCUUCUGCCGCCGCUCCUUCUCCGGCGGAGGAGGAUAACAGGUCGGCGCAUUACCAUCACAAGGAGUCGUCGUCGUCCUUGGCGAAUGGGUUAUACGAGGAGUAUAAGUCGUCGUCUACGGCGGCCAAGGCUGCGAGCAGCGGAGCUGGAAGCAGAAAGACUAUGGUCAGAGCUGCUUCCAUGGAGUAUGAGUCGAGCGACGACGAUCGGCACUUCAAGAGGAAGCCGUCGAGGUACGAGGAGUCGCCGCCGAAGGCAGCGGAGCAGGAAGAGCCCUCCAGGCACUCGAGAGGCGGCAAGGAUCGGGAACGCAGGCAGAGAUAGAUAGGUUUUAGGGAAAUGCCCGUAUUGGUUUUAUCCAGAACGACAUCGUUCCUCCCCUCACUCUAUGUUUUGGGUUUUGGGCCUUUUGAGGUGGCUGGGUGUGGUACUGUAUAUGUAAAGAAGCCCAGUCGGAGGUGUUGCGGGGGCCCAAUGAAUGUUUUUGGGCUUUUUUUGGUUUAUGCUUGAAAUUUCGUAUCGCAUGUUUUUUGCGUAUCUGAAAACCCUAAAAUUACAAAUAUGAAUAAGGAGUCUCUUUCAAGAUCA